CCAUAGAGAUAUGGAGAUAGAUCCAUCACCUUCACUCCUGGGUUCUAUAUAUACUCGCUCUCUUGUGGAUAGCUAAUGCACGCUUCAACCAUGGCGAUCCGUUCAAUCAUCCUGCUCUCAUUAUUCUCUCUCAUAUCGACAACGUCUUUGUUGGCUCUGGCGGAGGCGGGCGGCGGCGGCAGUGACGACAUUUUGAUCCGUCAAGUCGUCGGGGACGAAGACGGCCUGUUGAAUGCCGACCACCAAUUCACCUUUUUCAAAAAGCGGUUCGGAAAGGCGUACGCCUCCAAGGAAGAGCACGAUUACAGACUCUCGGUGUUCAAGGCUAACAUGCGCCGUGCAAAGCGCCACCAGCAGCUCGACCCCUCUGCCGUCCACGGUGUCACUAGGUUCUCUGAUUUGACUCCAUCCGAAUUCCGGCGAAACUUUCUCGGAUUGAACCGCCGGCUCAGGUUCCCUGCUGAUGCUCAUACAGCGCCUGCCCUUCCCACCGACAAUCUCCCGUCAGAUUUCGAUUGGAGGGAGCACGGUGCCGUUACUCCCGUAAAGAAUCAGGGGUCGUGCGGUUCAUGCUGGUCAUUCAGCACCACUGGAGCAUUGGAGGGAGCCAACUUUCUCGCCACUAGGAAGCUUGUGAGCCUUAGUGAGCAACAGCUUGUUGAUUGUGAUCAUGAGUGUGAUCCUGAAGAACCUGGUUCUUGUGACUCUGGAUGCAAUGGUGGGCUAAUGAACAGUGCAUUUGAAUAUGCAUUGAAAACUGGUGGACUGAUGAGAGAAGAAGACUAUCCCUACACAGGCAAUGAUGCUCAAGCCUGCAAGUUUGACAAGACCAAGAUUGCUGCUAAGGUAGCCAACUUCAGUGUUGUUUCCCUUGACGAAGACCAAAUUGCAGCUAAUCUUGUCAAAAAUGGACCCCUUGCAGUGGCAAUCAAUGCCGUGUACAUGCAGACAUACAUGAGCGGAGUGUCGUGCCCGUACAUAUGCUCCAAGAGGCUGGACCAUGGUGUCCUGUUGGUUGGAUACGGUGCAUCGGGCUUCGCUCCAGUUCGGGCAAAAGAAAAACCAUAUUGGAUUAUCAAGAACUCUUGGGGCGAGCAUUGGGGAGAGGAAGGGUACUACAAAAUCUGCCGGGGUAGCAAUAUAUGUGGAGUCGACUCCAUGGUUUCAACUGUUGCCGCUGUUAGCACCACCAAUAGCUUGGACUAGCCUCAUAAAUUCUACAUUCAGAUUAUAGUACUUCUGUACAUAAUUGAGAUUACAAUCAUACAAGUGUGUAUUAAGCUUUAAGUUUCAUUAAUCAAUAUUUCUCAAUUUAGUUUAAACCACAACUUGUCAUGCAAUUCUUUACUUUUUAAAAUGUAUCUCUAUUUAUUUUGUCAUUAUGGGAUUAUAGGUUAUGGAAUUACUACACUCCUUAAAUCAUGUAUAUUUUUCUACUCCAUUUUAUAUUCACAAAACCAAAAUACAUUUGCACAUAUACAUACACAAUUUAUACUACGUGUUAUUUGAAGUGGUUGUUGAAUGUUGACCAAACAUAUAAUGUUUGUAUCACAAUAUUAUAUUUAGAGUAAAAUGAUGUCCUUUUAUAAUGGCUCACACUCAAACCUCCUGACCUCUCUACAUGGAAUCAUCACCGAUAGCAUAAUACUUGCAACAAAAGACCAAUGAAUGAAUGAUAUAAUUGAAAUAAUUGAUAACUCACUUCUCUGUUCACGGAAUGGUGGAGAAACAGAGAAGUACAAAGAGCUGAAGAAAUUGAGGACUUCAAAUUUUCUCUAACGGAGGAAGAAAACGGAUAAAAAGGUAAUAAUCUAAAGUUCAACGUACAAUUAAAUUUUGCUUAAAUGUUACACUAAUGCAUUUUAUAUUCCCAAAUGCCCAUUUCUCUCAUUCACAUUUAUAAGUUUGUGGAUAGAAAAUAAAUGGCUGUUGAUGAUCCUAUUCAAAAUUAAUUUGUUUUUUUGAAAUAUUACAAAAAUUCCAACAAUAGAGAAUAAGAGAUGAAUCUUGUUUAGCCUGAACCGAAUCGAAGCCUGAUGCACUGUAUCGGACCAUCAGGACACCUUGGUCCAGUUGAAUGCAUAUACACUACACUGAUUGCCAAUGUAUCAAAAAUUCCAAAUGCUUGUAUGUAAGUACUCCGUAAUAUUUUGCUUUAAAUGAAUCUAUUUUAGUUAAAACAAACUUUAAUAAUCCAUAGUAAUAGACUAAGGUGCUGUUCUGUUCGUCUUAUUCUUAUUACUUAUUGAUUAUUCUUAUUUUAUUCAGAUCAGAUCAGAUCAGAUCAGAAAGAUUCAGAUCAGAUCAGAUCAGAU